AUACAGUCCAGAACGGCCUAUUGCGAGCUAUCUUGUCCUUCUUCGCCAAUCACCAUAUGCUCUCCCUUCACUCUCUCGUCUUCUUCUUCCACCACUCUCUUUCUCUCUCUCUGUUUCUCCACAUCUCAGUGAGAUUAAUCUUCACAAUUUUAUUUACGGAGCGGAGAGCUCUUUGUUUGUUUUAUUAAACUUUCAUCAAAACCCUAAUCUUCUCGUCUUAUAUAACUCGUGACUCUUGUUUCUCCUCCAAUCUCUCCUCUCCCUCUGUACUAACCAAUUGAGUUCCUUCUGUAAAACUUCACUCGUUGGCCAGUUUCUUCGGUUUUCACAAAAAUCUCAGAUUCCAAUUGUUUUUUUCCCUUUUUUCUCUGCUUUUUUUUCUUUAGAUGAUGAACAUUUAUAAGAAUCUUUCUUUCCUCUCCUCAUUUACCUAAAGUUUUGACCCUUUUUCUUUCUCCAAUUUUGUAUUCACAGUUAAAUAUAUAAAGGGUUCUUCUCUACAGAGGGUUUAGGUGUUUUAUAUAAAUAAGUUUUUUUUUUAAAAUUUCAUUUCCCUCAAUUUCAUAAAACAAAAGAGGGACAUAAACAGUGUACUUGCACCACUGGUUCUGAUUCUCAACAUCAGGCCAAGAAAUGUCGGCUUGCUUAAGCAGCGGCGCCUCCGCCGCAUACAGCUUCGAGUUAGAAAAAAUAAAAUCUCCACCGUCAAGCUCAACAACAACAACGAGAGCCACUUCCCCAUCAUCAACAAUCACCGAAUCUUCAAACUCAAUCUCCACCCGGAAGCCAAGAACGCAGCGGAAACGACCGAACCAAAGCUACAACGAAGCCGCGGCUCUCCUCUCCACCGCUUACCCCAACAUCUUCUUCUCUCCCUCCUCCACCAACCACUUGUACGCCAACAAGAAAACUCAUCAUCACUUCUAUGGAUUCGAUGACGACGUCGACGACGACGCUGAGCUCCUCCUACCCUCCGAGCCGCCGGAUUUUCUGUUUAAUCCCAUCCUUCAAGCCUAUUCCGGUGUGAGUGUCAACGAAUCGGAGGUGAGUCAGUUUGAAUUCUCCGAGGAGUUCGAGUCGAUUCUGGUAGAGGAAGUUGAAGAGGGAGGAGUGGAUAGUAUAAUGGGGAAACUCGAACCGGGAAUAAACCGGCGAGUUAACCGGUUUGAUCAUCAUCAGAUCAUGAGAGGAUUUAAAUUCGCCGAAAACAUCCCACUGGGACUUGUUGGACUGAGAACCGCUCUCAGAGACCACAACAACGACGCGAGGUUUCGCACCGUCGACUUCGAUCGGAUCUCGCCGCGUGUCCAAUCCGUAACCGUCGAUGGUGAGAAGACGGAGGAGGUUAAGAAGAGCAAGAAGAAGAAGAAGAAGAAAGUUGCGGCUGCGGUGUCAUUGAAGACGGAAUCGAGUAAAGAAGAAGAGACGGAGGAGAGAUCGGGUCGUCCGAUGUUGAAGCUCGACUACGACGGCGUUUUGGAAGCUUGGUCUGAUAAAACGUUGCCGUUUGGGGAGGAGAUUCUGGGCUCGGAAGCUACCGGAGCCGACGUCAACGCCAGAUUAGCUCAGAUUGAUUUGUUCGGAGACAGUGGAGUGCGAGAGGCAAGUGUUUUGAGGUACAAAGAGAAACGUCAAACUCGGCUUUUCUACAAGAAAAUUAGAUACCAAGUUCGAAAACUUAACGCAGAUCAACGUCCUCGAGUGAAGGUAUCUUCACCCACCUUACUCCGUGGCUAAAACAUGGACGAUUCGUGCGAAGGUCCAGUGCAAGCCCUCCAAGUUGUCAAAGAUAACAAGGAAAAAAGAGAGCCAAGAUUCACUCCUUUUAUAUUUCUUCUUAGUUUUAAAUUUAUCUUCUUUUUUUUUUGAAAUUUUGUCACCCUCAUUUUGGUUCUUUGAUUUAUGGUCUGUGCCGUUUAUAAUGUAGGCUUUUCUUCCUUAAUUAAUUGAGAGAAAGUGAGGGAUUAAUAAAAGUUUUUUUUCUUUUGCAUAAUGAAUGUGUUAAAUUAAAAUCA